CGAUGUCAAAACACAUAAUAUAAUUAAUAAUUUAUGUCUGUGGUUGAGAAUUAAGAUUAAAUAUUAAAUAUUUUAAUAGGGUUGUAAUUAAUAAUUUGAUUCGUAUUCGAUCUACAUUCCAGGAGAUUUUUUUUUUAAAUUGUAUAGAUACCCAACAAUCGGAUUAUACAAAAAAAUGACUGAUUUAGUAAAACAAGCAGAGUCUUAUGAGGCAAAUGAAUUGUUUGACAUUAAAAACUCGUACUACAUUGGAAACUACCAACAAUGUAUUAAUGAUGCUCAGAAAGAACCGCCAAAUUAUGGAAAUUUACGUCUUCAACGGGACAUAUUUAUGUACCGUGCUUACUUGGCUCAAAAAAAAUAUAGCAUUGUCCUAGCAGAAAUAAAAGCUGAUUCACCUCCAGAACUAAAACCCUUUAAACUGUUAGCCGAAUAUUUGCAAAAUCCUGGUAAUAGGAGUUCAAUUUUGAAAACUUUGGAACAAGAAUUGGAAAAUAUGUAUGAAAUUAAUCAUUCUCUUGUAAUUGUUGCAACAACAAUUUAUAAUCAUGAACAUAAUUAUGAAUCGGCUCUAAGGGUCCUUAAAAAUGAUGACUCUCUUGAAGGUCUGACAUUGUCUUUGAUUAUAUAUUUGAGAAUGAAUCGAGUAGAUUUAGCUUCUAAAGAAUUUAAAAAGUUGAAAGAUAAGGAUGAAGAUGCUACAUUAACACAAAUGGCACAAGCUUGGUUAAACUUGGCAUUGGGUGGAGACAAAUUGCAAGAAGCUUAUUACAUAUUUCAAGAAUUAACAGACAAAUAUGGAGUUACUGCUUUGUUGUUGAAUAGUCAGUCAGUAUGUUAUAUUGGUCAAUGUGAAUAUAAAAAAGCUGAGAUCACAUUACAAGAUGCUUUGGAAAAAGACAGUAACGAUAUUGAUUCCCUAGUAAAUUCUUUAUUCAUUUCUGUUCAUACAAAAGUCUCAGCUGAUGUUGCCAAAAGACAGCUAAAUAUGUUACGAGAUGCUUAUCCUAAUUCUGACUUCAUUGAAAAUUACAAUAAAAAAGAAGCUGAAUUUGAUGCAUUAUCACAAUCAUACCAACAAUAAUAUUAGUCUAAUAAAAAGUUAUAUUAUCUAAACACUUUAUAAUGUAAAAUAUAUUAUAUUAUUUUUAUUUA